AUGAAUCCACCACCGCAAUUACCCCGUGCUACUGAUUGGAUCAAUGUUUUCGGAACUGCGAACAACUUCCCAGAAUCUCAAAUCAUGCAUAAUCGCCUGGAAGCUCACCAUUUUCAUUUCAUGCGCACCGUUGUUGCUGCCGACGGUGGCAGCGCUGAUCGCCUUGCAAAAUUGGACAGACUCAUUGCGCUUAACCUCACGCUCGCUCGUCUUGGAGAGAAGCCACUGUGUCAUGCGGAUCUCGUCGUCAUGUGUCAUACAGCGAUGGAGAUCAAUAAGCUUAAAGCAGAGCUGAUUGCGGCAGGAGCAAAACCGCAAGAGUGA